GGAAUUAUGACCCAUCCAGAACCCGGCUGUAGAACCGGCGGAGUCGCUGCGCCGUGAACCGAGCCCGUCAGGUCUGGACCAUGAGUGGGAGUGGAAGUCACCCUGAGGGCCUCGAGGGCCCGGUUCAGCCCGGUCCGAACCGCCGGCACCUCUACAGGAAACCCUGGAGGGCGUUUGAGCCUGAGCUCGGUUCUGAGCAGCCAUUGGACCGAUACCAGUGGAGAACAUCUGAAGACCAGAACCAGGAGCGCCCUCAGCUGUUCGGCCUGCUCAAAACCAGCACUUUGCCCCGGCGUCGGAACCAGAACCAGGAUCCGGACAAGCAUGGAUCCCUGCGCCGGAUCAUUCCCUUCUUCCGGUCCAUGUCAGAACCUGGUGCCGCCGGCGGCUCGGACAGAACGCCGCUCAGGAAAGCCGGAUCAGACGCCGAGCGCAGAGCGCCGUCCAUCAGCAGCUUCAUCACGACGCUGUCCCGCCGGAUCAGCCGGGUUCUGAGAGACGAGUCGGAACCAGAGUCCGACGUGAAGGGCCCGCCGGCCCACCGCUUCUCCUGCGGUCAGAGCCCGUACUCGGACGGCGCCGCCUGGGAGCGAAGGUUCUGCAUCCUGACGGACAGCCAGCUCAUCCUGCUCAACAAGGACGAGGAGGCAGCGGACGCCCCGGACGCCCCGGCCGACCCCUCCACGGCCCGGAGCCUCCGCCGCACCGUCAGCGUCCCCUCAGAGGGACAGUUCCCGGAGUUCCAGCCAGAGGGCGCCAGCGUGCUGGAAGUGUCUUCGGAGCGUUCUCCGAGGAGGAGGAGCAUUUCCGGUUUGGGCAGCUCAGAGAAGAACCUCGCGGCCGACAAUCCCAACUCUUCUCCUUUCAAAGUGCCGAACUUCUUCAGCAAACGUCUGAAAGGCUCCAUCAAGAGAACCAAGAGCCAGACCAAACUGGACCGGAACACCAGCUUCAGACUGCCGUCGCUGCGGCCCGCCGAGCCGGACAGGGCCCGCGGGCUGCCCCGGCUGAAGGAGACGGUUUCCCAUGAGUCCUUGCUGAGCCCCGGCGGCGCCGCCGAGGCUCUGGACCUCAGCAUGGAGGAGGACGUGUUCAUCAAGCCUCUGCACAGCAGCGUCCUGGGCCAGGAGUUCUGCUUCGAGGUGACCUACGCUGGAGGCAGCAAGUGCUUCAGCUGCACGUCGGCCUCGGAGCGAGACAAGUGGAUGGAGAACCUGAGGAGAACCGUCCAGCCCAACAAGGACAACUGCCGGCGGGCGGAGAACCUGCUGCGCCUGUGGAUCAUCGAGGCCAAAGACCUGGCGCCCAAGAAGCGCUACUUCUGCGAGCUGUGCCUGGACGACGUGCUGUACGCCCGGACCAGCAGCAAGGCCCGGUCCGACAGCCUGUUCUGGGGCGAGCACUUCGACUUCAGCGGCCUGCCGGCCGUGCGCAGCGUCACCGUGCACAUCUACCGCGACGGCGACAAGAAGAAGAAGAAGGACAAGAACAACUACGUGGGCCUGGUGAACAUCCCGGUGGCCGGCGUGACGGGCCGCCACUUCGUGGAGAAGUGGUACUCGGUCAGCACGCCGACCGCCAGCAAGGCCAAGGGCGGCGGCCCGUCCAUCCGGAUCAUCCGCUUCCAGACCAUCUCCAUCCUGCCCAUGGAGCGGUACAAGGAGUUCGCCGAGUUCGUCACCAACAACUACGGCACGCUGUGCUGCGUGCUGGAGCCCGUCAUCAGCGUCCGCAACAAGGAGGAGAUGGCCUGCGCCCUGGUCCACAUCCUGCAGAGCACGGGCCGGGCCAAGGACUUCCUGACCGACCUGGUGAUGUCAGAGGUGGACCGCUGCGCCGACCACGACGUCCUGAUCUUCAGGGAGAACACGCUGGCCACCAAGGCCAUCGAGGAGUACCUGAAGCUGGUGGGGCAGAAGUACCUCCACGACGCCCUGGGUGAGUUCAUCAAGGCUCUGUACGAGUCGGACGAGAACUGCGAGGUGGACCCGAGCCGAUGUUCCGGCGGCGACCUGUCGGAACAUCAGAGCAACCUGAAGAUGUGCUGCGAGCUCGCCUUCUGCAAGAUCAUCAACUCCUACUGCGUUUUCCCCCGGGAGCUGAAGGAAGUGUUUGCGUCGUGGAAGCAGCAGUGGGCCCGCGGCCAUCCUCAUGACAUCAGCAAGCGUCUGAUCAGCGCCUCGCUCUUCCUGCGCUUCCUGUGCCCCGCCAUCAUGUCGCCGUCGCUCUUCAACCUGAUGCAGGAGUAUCCCGACGACCGGACCUCCAGGACGCUCACGCUCAUCGCCAAGGUCAUCCAGAACCUGGCCAACUUCACCAAGUUCGGGAACAAGGAGGAGUACAUGGCCUUCAUGAACGACUUCCUGGAGCACGAGUGGGCCGGGAUGAUGCGCUUCCUGUCGGAGAUCUCCAACCCGGAGACUCUGUCCAACACGCCGGGCUUCGAGGGAUACAUCGACCUGGGCCGCGAACUGUCGGUGCUGCACACCCUGCUGUGGGAGGUGGUGUCCCAGCUGGACAAGGCCACCGUAGCGAAGCUGGGCCCGCUGCCGAGGAUUCUGGGAGACAUCUCCCGCUGCCUGUCGGCGCCGACGCCCAUCCAGCAGCAGUUGAGGCGCUUCCAGGACAGCAGCCCCGCCCACAGCGGCAGCGUGGCGUCUGGGCUGCAGCGCAUCUUUGAGGAUCCCACCGACAGCCGCAGCCUUCAGUCUCUGGUCGGUGAGCAGACCGAGGCUUACGGUCGAAGCCAGCGCCCCCUGCUGGCCGGCCAGGAGGAGCGGGACGGCCUGCUGCCCACCGGCCGCAGCGUGUCUCUGGUGGACCUGCAGGACCCUCAGAGCCUUCAGGGCCCCAAAGGGCCCCACGAGGCCCCUCCCCGCCUCAGCGGCUCCCAGGCCUCUCUUGGCCACGCCCCGCCCCCGGCGACGUACCCCCACUCCAACCCGGUGACCCCUCAGCCGGCCACGCACCAAUCCAAAGCCCCGCCCAGAGACGGCCAGCCGCAGAGCGCGCCGCAGGUGAGGCGUCCGCUGCCGCCGCUCGGCCAGCAGCGCAGCCUGCAGCCGCUGUCCUUCCAGAACCCCGUCUACCACCUGAGCAACGCCGCCCGCUCCGCCCGCUCCCUGCAGCGCGACUCCAGCUCCGACAACCUGAGCACCGAGAGCUCGCGCAACAGCCACAGCAACUCGGACGACUUCGGCAGCCAGGUGGGGGGCAAAGGUCGCGUGGCGUCCAACAGCAGCCUGGACGAGGUCGGCAGCAGGCGGAGCACCCAGAGCGAAGACUGCUCCACCCCACGCCGCCACCCGCCGCCCGACCCGCCGCUGGGCGUCGCCACCGCUGUGGCGGUCCCCCGCCAGACUGCCACGGCGGGCACCGCCCACAUCGUCAAGGUGGAACAGCAGAGCCGCGGAGGGGCGGCCAGGACGCCGCGCUCUCAGCCUCAGAGCGCUUCGCUGCGAAGCAGCAGCAGCACCAACACCGAGCCGACGCCCUCCACCCGCCAGCCGUCCGUUGGCGCCCUGGAGAACGUUCCUCCGCCCUGCCGGAGCGGCGCCAAGCAGGCGCCUCAGGUGGGAACGCCAGUGGAGGCGGCGGCCAUGUCUCCGGUGGAGCGAACGGCGGCGUGGGUCCUGAACAACGGCCAGUAUGAGGAGGAGGAGGGAGGAGAGGAAGGCCGGAAAGCAGAGAAGUACGAGCUGGAGAUCUCCCGGUUGAAGGAGCGUCUGCGCGUGUCGGGUCGCCGUCUGGAGGAGUAUGAGCGCCGCCUGCUGGCUCAGGAGCAGCAGAUGCAGAAGCUCCUGCUGGAAUAUAAGAACCGCCUGGAGGACAGCGAGGAGCGUCUGCGGAGGCAGCAGGAGGAAGACUGCCAGAUGAAGAGCAUCAUCUGCAGGCUGAUGGCGGUGGAGGAGGAGCUGAAGAGGGACCACGCAGAGAUGCAGGCGGUGAUCGAAGCCAAGCAGAAGAUCAUCGACGCUCAGGAGAAGCGGAUCGACUCCCUGGACGCGGCGAACUCUCGGCUGAUGGCGGCGCUGACGCAGGUGAAGGAGCGUUACAGCGCGCCCAGCGUCCGCAACGGCCUGUCGCCGAACAACCCCACCAAGCUGUCCAUCACUGAGAACGGAGAGUUCAAGAACAGCAGCUGCUGAUUGGCCCACGCAGGUUCAGAGGCGGAGCCUACGAUUGACUCCGCCCACUUCUCUGUGAUAGGCUGUGGACAUUUAAAGAGACAGAACCAAUUUCUGGUGUAAAUAGUGAAGGCUGAGCUGAUUGUUGUACAGACAGAGAGAGAGAGAGUGUGUGUGUGUGUGUGUCUAUGUGUGUGUGUGUCUGUGUGUGUGUGUGUGUGUGUGUCUAUGUGUGUGUGUCUGUGUGUGUGUGUGUGUGUGUCUAUGUGUGUGUGUGUGUGAGUGUGUGUGUCUCUGUGUGUGUGUGUGUGUGUCUGUGUGUGUGUGUGAGUGUGUCUCUGUGUGUGUGUGUGUCUCUGUGUGUGUGUGUGUGUGUGUGAGUGUGUGUGUGUGUCUGUGUCUGUGUGUGUCUCUGUGUGUGUGUGAGUGUGUGUGUGUGUGUGUGUGUGAGUGUGUGAGUGUGUGUGUGUGUGUGUCUGUGUCUGUGUGUGUCUCUGUGUGUGUGUGUGUGUGUGAGUGUGUGUGUGUGUGUGAGUGUGUGUGUGUGUGUGUGUGAGUGUGUCUCUGUGUGUGUGUGUGUCUCUGUGUGUGUGUGUGUG